CCAAUUGCCCCUCUUUUAAUUCCUCGUCAAGCCCUUCCAUACUCUCGAACCCCUCUCAAGUCAUUCAGAAUCAUUUUAGUCCAUAAACCGCCAACAAUGUCGACAACAAUCACCCAAAGCCCAGAAGCGGCGCAAACGCUCCCCGUCGUCGCCGCCAACCAGCCCAACAACUUCCACCCGGGCGACGCCGCCGCCGAUAAGCCCUUCCAGGCCCUGGCGCGGGGGACUCGCAGCGGCACCCUCAAGCUACGGGGCAUCCCCACCUUCUCGGAUGUGUAUGCGCAACGCCAAUGGAUGAAGGAGCAUAUGGCGGCUGCGUUCCGCUACUUCGGCAAGAAAGGCUAUGGCGAGGGUGUGUCCGGCCAUAUCUCGAUGCGAGACCCCAUCCUAGCAGACCACUUCUGGAUGAACCCCUUCGCCAAACACUUCUCGACCAUCAAGGCCUCGGACCUGGUGCUCGUCGAUGCGGACGGCUACGUCACCGAGGGCGGCGCCCAGCUGCCCAUCAACGAGGCCGGGUUCAUGAUCCACUCGGAGAUACACAGGGCGCGGCCGGAUGUGAUCGCCGCGGCGCAUACGCAUUCUGUGUACGGGAAGACGUGGAGUGCGUUCGGGAGGCCUGUUGAGAUGUUGACGCAGGAUGCGUGUAACUUCUUCGGCCGACUUAGUGUCUACGAUGAUCAUGGGGGCAUUGCCCUCGCUCAGGAUGAGGGGAGGCAGAUUGCCGAGGCGUUGGGGAAGGAGAAUUUGGCGUGUAUUUUGCAGAAUCAUGGUCUCCUGACGGUUGGUCGCACCGUCGACGAGGCGGCGUUCCUCUUCUCCAGCUUGGAUAAUGCCUGUCAUUCGCAACUGUUGGCGGAUGCCGCUGCUGCCAAUGGGGUCCCGAAGAAGAUCAUCUCGGAUGAGGUGGCUAAGUAUACGGCUGAUGCUGUGCAGAGUCCGCAUAACUUCUACACGGAGUUUCAGCCGGAGUUUGAGUUGAUUGUUGAGGAGACUGAUGGGAGGGUCUUGCAGUAGACUCUCUCAGUGGGGUUAGGUUUGAUGCAGUGG